AUGGAUAUGAACCAUUUAAUAGGGGUUUGUGCGGCUAGGCUGGAGUUAACACCUGGCAGUCAGCGGUUCAACCUCAUCUCUAAGAGUGACAUUCGAUAUGUUGGUACUUUACAUGAGAUUAACCCUGAGGCCUCGACAAUUGCUCUUGAAAAUGUCGUCUCUUUCGGGACUGAGGGUAGACGAGGCAGCCCAGCUGAGGAAAUUCCUCCGUCUACCAGUGUCUACGAGUACAUUGUCUUCCGGGGUAGUGAUGUAAAAGACAUCAGUGUAGCUGAGGAGAAGGAGAAUACACAGCCUGAGCCACCUCAGGUUCCUGAUGAUCCUGCUAUCUUAGGGAGCAUGUCUCGUCCAGGACCUAACCCUGGCGUUCCUGCCCCCGCUGGCCCCCAGGGUCUUCCUUCUCAGCCACCCCAACAGGCCCAGGUUCCUCGUCCUACCCCUCCGGGCUAUCCUCAGCAGCCACAAUUCCAGGGCUUCUAUCCACCCUAUGGGCAGCGGUAUCCCGGACCUCCUCCCGCAUUUCCUCCUGGGCCUGGUUUUCCCGGUAUGCCAUAUGGAGCUCCCCCAGGAUGGUUCCCUCCACCGGGACAAGGAUUUCCCCAAGGGCCGCCAGGUCAAUUUCCCCCUCAGAUGCCUAUUGGACCACCUGGUCAGCAUCAAACUCCCCCUCCACAGCAUCGUCCUGGGGUUCCUGGUGCGGGUCCUGUAAACAUUCCCAAGCCAACAUCUGAGCUUCCAGUUGGUGAAAAGGGUUCGAGUAAGCCCACCAGCCGAGAUGGUACGCCUGCCCCUGUUGCGGCGACUCAGAAUGCUCCUCCCCCACCAGUUGAAUCUAAACCCUCCGUAACUGAAGUCGCCCAAGCAUCCGCUUCGGCUCCUGCUCCUGCCGCUGCUCCGGGUACGCCAUCCAAGGUGCCGCCUACUGGGCCUAGGAGCGGUCGUGUGCAGCCGGCAAUUCCAAUUUCUCACCCCAAGCCGCCAGUUCCAGUUGUAGCCAAUCCCCCUCUUGCUAGUGCUUCGGGGAACAAUGGACAGGCUCAAGCCGCAAUUACUGAAGCGACUCGUGCAGCUACUGCCGCGGUCGCAGCUGCUAUGGCCAAGUUGCCACAGCCCAAUGCUCCUCAGAAGAAGCCCCAGGAUGCCUCUGUGGAGAACGUCACGAAACAAAUGGGUGAAUUGAGACCGUAUGAUGGCUCGCGCCCCCAGCGUGGCGGUCACAAUCCUCGUGGUGCGCGUAGUGGCCAUCGCGGCCAGUAUCAAGGCCAGGGCAAGAAGGUCGAAGUCCCGCAGUCUGACUAUGAUUUUGAAACUGCCAAUGCCAGGUUUAACAAGCAAGACUUGUUGAAGGAAGCCAUUGCAAGUGGUUCCCCCGUGACGGAGGCUGAAAUGUCCAUUCCGGACGGUGGAGAACCCGAAGUGGUAGAGCCUGCCAGCAACAGCGCCGCCAACACGAGCACUGUUAACUCUUACAGCAAGACCAGCUCUUUCUUCGACAAUAUCUCCAGUGAGGCCCGCGACCGCGAAGAAGGAACCGGAGCCCGAGCUGGAGGUCGUGAAUGGCGUGGUGAAGAGGAGAAGCGGAACAUCGAGACCUUUGGACAAGGCAGCGUCGAUGGCUACCGUGGCAGCUACAGGGGCCGGGGCAGAGGUCGAGGCUAUGGAGGUCGUGGCAGAGGCUACAAUCGUGGUUACGGUGGACGAGGCCGUGGAGGUGGCUUCCGCGGCGGCCGUAUGUCACAGUCCACCGGUGUCCCGACGCAGACCUAA